CUCUCUCUCUCCUUCUGAAGAAAGCAAUGGCCCACUUCCGAACAAACAUCCACAUUAUUCCAACCGGUAAAGUUCCAAAUCCGCGAAAAAACUUCACUACUCUUCUCCCUCUCUUUCCUCUCGGCACUCUCGUUCCCGACAAAGCUACUGUUAAUGCGUCCCUAAUGGAUCCCAUCUAUAACCUUCUCCAGUUGAGGAGAGAAGAACCGUUUCUUCUUCAUUCAUUCGCUUCCUCGGGUGGUGAGUGAAUUCUCAGCCGUUGCAGAGAGAGGAAGGCUCCGACUUUGGGGUGGUAGAGACUGGGCGAGAAGAUGGGUCGUCCUGUUUCGUUGAUGGGUCUCUGUUUCUGGGCUUGCCUGUUCAGCUACGGCGUAGCUGGUUCCGAUUCCCAGAGCUCACCUGGGGCGGGUACUGUUCAGGUGAAUGUCUCCAUUGGGAAAAAUGCCAUCGCAGAGAUUGACGAUGAUUUCGUGUGUGCGACUAUGGAUUGGUGGCCUCCUGAGAAGUGUGACUAUGGAGUCUGUAGUUGGCACCGUGCUUCUCUGCUCAAUCUGGACCUUAGCAACAAGAUAUUACUUAAUGCUGUGAAGGCAUUUUCACCAUUAAAGAUCAGAUUGGGUGGUACUCUGCAAGACAAGGUCUUAUACGGCACUCCCGAUCUUAAACAACCCUGCACUUCAUUUGUUUUGGACAAUUCAACUAUGUUUCAUUUCACUGAGGGAUGCCUACCCAUGGCUAGGUGGGAUAAACUGAAUGCUUUUUUCGAGGAAUCUGGCGCAAAGAUUAUUUUUGGAUUAAAUGCUCUUAAUGGACGAACAAUACCGCCUCAAGGCCCUGCACUGGGCGCUUGGGACUCAACAAAUGCGAAAUCUUUUAUCCGUUAUACUGUCAGCAAAAACUACAAAAUUUUCGGUUGGGAACUUGGGAAUGAACUGAGUGGGAGAGGAGUCGGUACAACUGUAACAGCAAGCCAGUACGCGUCUGACACAAUCUCUUUGAAGAACUUGGUACUAGACAUUUACAAGGGUGUAGAACCAAAGCCUCUAAUCCUAGCGCCAGGAGGAUUUGUCGACCCAGUCUGGUACAAAGAAUUCCUGGACAAAACGCCAAAAUCCUUGGAUGUAAUUACUCAUCACAUCUACAAUCUGGGAUCAGGAGCUGAUCAGCACCUUGUCGAAAAGAUUCUCAAUCCAACUGUACUUGAUAAUGAAAUCGAGGCAUUCAGAAGUCUGCAAAGCAUAAUCAAAAGUUCUGCUUCAGCUACUUCGGCUGUCGCGUGGGUUGGGGAAGCAGGAGGAGCUUACAACAGUGGCCGGGAUCAUGUUUCAAAUACUUUUUUAUAUAGCUUCUGGUAUCUGGAUGAGUUGGGAAUGGCAUCUACUUUUGAUACAAAAACAUACUGCAGACAAGCAUUUAUUGGUGGAAAUUAUGGUUUGCUCGAUGCCACUUCUUUCAUUCCAAAUCCAGACUACUACAGUGCUCUGCUUUGGCACCGCCUCAUGGGGAGAAAUGUUCUAAGAGCAAGCUUAUCUGGAACGGACAAGAUCCGUGCUUAUGCCCACUGUGCAAAAGCCUCUAAAGGGGUCAUGUUGCUGUUCAUAAAUCUUGAUGGCAACUCCGCAGCUGAGGUUGCAAUUGUUAAUAAUGGAACCCCGAUUCGCAAUCGUAUACACUACACCAUAGGAAAUAAGACCAUUCAGUUUCCACGAUAUAUCAAUGAUGAAAACGUGAGAGAAGAAUACCAUUUGACGCCCAAGGAUGGGGAUCCGCUUAGCCGAACGAUGCUGCUCAAUGGAAAUAUUUUAGCUGUGAGUCCAUCUGGCGAAAUUCCUGCUCUGAAGCCUAAAUAUGUGAAUUCAUCAAGUUCAAUAGUAGUUGCCCCUAAUGAAAUUCUAUUUGCUCACAUGCCCUAUUACGCCGUUCCUGAUUGUAGUUGAGAGGAAGAAGGCGCAAUUUGUUUGCUACAUUCCUACCAUUGAUUAGGCAGGAGAAAUAAUAGUCAAUGUUUUGAAUC